AACGUCACCCAUAUGCGCCGCAGCUGAGCUGGAGGACAGCGUGGGCUCGGUGGAGAGCGUGCUGGGUAAAGCUGCAGAAGCGGGCAGUCGAGCUCCCGGGACGGCGAGGGGUGGUAUUGAUAGCGAUCAACGAGAGAAGUGAAGGAACUACAACUGAUUUCUAUAUUGUAAUUUGAUCAAAAUGUUUUUGCACUAGAAGCUUGAACAUUCUUGCUUCUUAUGGAGGCGUUAUAAAUAACAAAUGGCUAAGGUUCUGUAAAACUUAACUACCAGUCUGAAACAUGGAGACGCAGCUAGACCCCACGAAGGAUGACUUGCCCUUAAUGGCCAACACUAGCCACAUGCUUGUAAAGCACUAUGUUUUGGACUUGGAUGUGGAUUUUAAAAGUCGAGUUAUAGAAGGAAUCAUAGUUUUAUUUUUGGAGACAGGGAGCAGAUACAGGAAAGCCAGUAGUACUGGUAAAAAAGGCUGCCAGUCACACCUUAAUGAAACCUGUAAAACUGGGGCAUCAGAACCUUGCCAUGUUUCUGUGUCAAAUGCAAAUGUCUUCUCAUCUGAAGCAGAAUAUAGCGAUUUUGCUGUCUGUCGUAAAGGUGGAAAAGAUACUUCUGAUAAAAACGGUAACCAUAGCAACGAGAAGCAAACUUCUGGGAUUUCUAGUUCAAAGAAUUGCUGUGACAAAGAGAACCAUGUGAACAAGGAUUUUCUGCUGGUAUUGGACUGCUGCGAUUUAUCUGUGCUAAAGGUUGAGGAGGUAGAUAUUGCUGCUGUGCCAGGCAUUGAGAAAUUCACCAUGUCUGCUGAACUAACUGAUGUUUCAAAGGAGUUGGAAAAUCUCAGAAAUCAGAUUGUACAUGAACUUGUGACUUUACCUUCGGAUCGCUGUCAGGAACAGCUACACUAUUUCACUUGCUGCAGCCAGGCACCUGGCUGUGGAGAGCUUGAGUUUACUACUAGUUGCUGGAGCUUGGAGAUAAGGAAACAGGGAGUUCAGACUCCAACAGACUUUCCUCAUGCUAUAAGAAUACGGUACAAAACCAAACCUGAGGGAAGAUCUGUUACAUGGACUACCGACCAGAGUGGCAGGCCAUGUGUUUAUACGAUGGGAUCACCAAUAAACAACAGAGCCCUUUUCCCGUGCCAAGAACCACCGAUUGCCUCGUCAACGUGGCAAGCAUCAGUCCGAGCAUCGGCAGGCUUUGUUGUAUUGAUGAGUGGUGAAAAAUCAGCAGAACCAGUCCAGCUUCAAGAAGGUAUCACGAGCUGGUACUACUAUGUAACUAUGCCAAUGCCAGCAUCCACCUUCACUAUUGCUGUAGGCUGCUGGCAGGAAGUCAAACAGCAAGGCUUCAUGGCUGAUAUCCAGACAGAAGAUGAGUUUUCCAUGCCAUUUUCACAAGAUGAUUUCAGAUGGCAUAAAGAAAGCUGUGGUCAUGUGGAAUAUCCCUGCCGUUUCCAAAAUCCUGCUGCCACAUUGCAAAGAGUCAUUCCCUAUAGAGUCUUUGCUCCCUUGUGCCUCAUGGAACGCUGUGAAGAACAUUUACUUCAGCUUAUUCCUCAGUGCCUCUCAGCUGCUUACUCCACACUGGGCACCCAUCCCUUUUCCAGGCUUGAUGUUUUGAUAGUUCCUUCAAACUUUUCCAGCCUGGGAAUGGCUAGCCCACACAUCAUCUUCUUGUCACAGAGUGUAUUGCCUGGAGGGAGCCAUCUCUGUGGAACACGUCUGUGCCAUGAAAUUGCUCAUUCUUGGUUUGGAUUGGCCAUUGGUGCUCGUGAUUGGACUGAAGAGUGGAUAAGUGAAGGGUUUGCCACUUUUUUAGAAGAUGUAUUUUGGGCUAGGGCUCAACAGCUUUCGUGUGAUGAAGAAAAAGAGCAGCAGGAAUUGAAAGCUUUACUUCGCUGGCGACGACUCAGAGAUGAGGUGCAGAACUCUGAAGAAGAGCUGCAAGUUUUAAGGCCUCACAAGGAGAGUACGGGAGAAGUGAGUGAAUCUGGAGCAUCUUUUGUCAAACAUGGUCUUAAAGCAGAAAAAGUAUUCAUGCAAGUUCAUUAUUUAAAGGGUUAUUUUCUUUUGCGGUCUCUGGCAAGUACAUUAGGAGAGGCUUCAUACCUUGCAUCUUUACGAAAAUUCAUCCAUAAGUUCCACGGACAGCUUGUUCUUUCUCAGGAUUUUCUUUCUACGCUGUUGGAAGACAUACCUGAACAAAAAGAGUCUGAGUUAACUGUUGAAAGUAUCUCCCAGAACUGGCUUGAUACUUCAGGCAUACCAAAGCCGCUGCUGGAGGAGGGCGAGACCUGGAAGGAGUGCAAGCUCGUGCAGCAAGUGAGCGCCGAGGUCACAAAAUGGAUUCAGGCAAAACAGAGGAUCAGAAAAAGCAGCAAAAAGAAAAGAAAGCAGGAUGAAGUUGUUUUUCAGAAGCAUAUCUGGUAUAGCUGCUGAUGGAGCCCUGGGUGUGGCUGUCUAAAAACAGGAACUUCUGAAGAAGGCAAUACAGUUGCCACCAACAGUUCACAUUUGUGAAUUUAUCAUACAUCAAGGAACUUUAUGUGUGAAAACUUCAAAAAUGAAUAAUGUUGUGCAAAUCAUGAUCAAAGUUGUGAAUUUCAUAAUGUCCAAUGGAUUCAGUCAUCAUGAAUUCCAGGAGUUCCUUUAAAGAAUGGAUGCUGAUUAUGGAGACGUCAUUAACUUUUCUGAAGGAAGGUGUCUAAGUCAAGGUAAAAUACUAACAUCUUAUGACUAACAAAAUCAUAUCAGGUCACGUAUGGAAUGAAAAGGAAAAAUUGUAUCAGAACUUGGAGGUGAAAAAGUCUCAAAGAUUUAAUGUUUCUGAUAGAUUGACUGUUCAUUUAAAUUGAUUAAACAACCAUCUUCAAGAUGAAUAUCAAUUUAUCUGUGCUGUGUUUCAAACCAUAACAGUAUUCAAAAUGAAACUUAAAUUACGACAACCUCAUAUUGUGGCAAAUUAUUGUAUGCAUUUUGAUACAUUGGCUAAACACAGUCCUGUGAACAGCAAAAAAAUAUGCAAUCUUACAUCCCAUUUUGAUAUCAAUAUCUGCUAAUAGGUUAAAAGAUUUGAAAUCAGCAGUUUUACUCUCCAGAUUUCUAGUCGUGGUUGGACUUGAUGAUCUUUAAGGUCUUUUCCAACUUGAGCAAUUCUAUGAUUCUGAUUCUAAGAUCUUGGGAAAAAAUCAUAUUUUUUUAAAAAUAUAUUUCUUAUCAGUCUAAUACAAAGUCAAAAAUUAGAAUCAACUUAGAAACUGCUGAUUUUUUGCUGUAAGUAUGCUACCUUAUUUGAUUCAUUGUGUCUGAGCUGUAUUUUGCUUUAAGACUGAAAAGAGGACCUUCUGCUUUGCUAAUUAGUUAAGCAUGACAACUUCAAAUAGUGUCAUUUUGCUCUAGAAUAGAGAAUAGUGGAACAUGUUUAUCAGUUUUCAAACAUGUUAGUUUUCUAGUAUGGGAGAAUGCAAAUUGUUUACUUUAAAUAAUGUAAAGUUCGUCUGUUGUUUUCCUAAACUCUUGAUCCUUUAUAUACAUAGUAAAUUAAACAUCAAAAUUAAAUCCCUGCUGUGUUUCACUUAAAUUAUUGGAGUCUUGUAUUUGUGUGAAACUUUCUAUUACAAGGGAUGUAGGCUCCUCCACUCAUGGUGUUGAUUUUUAAAAGGCAAGGAGGCUGUACGUAGCACAUACUGCAGUAGACUUGGACCUCUUGGCCACCCAGGACCUUGGCAGCUCAGCAGAUGUCUGACUCUGUGGUUGCUGCUGAGAUGUGGCAAUGUAAUGGGAGUGUGCACCUCUUGGUAUUUGCACUAGUAUGGAAAGUUUUCCUGUAGGAGAUGGCUGCAGUGCCAAGUGGAAUUUAAGUAUCUUUAUGUUCUUUUGUAUAUAUUCAGAGAAGGAAAUACAUUGCUUUCGUAUCAUUUCAUAUUCAUGCUACAGUGCCAGUAGCAAAGGGCCAGAGUCCUACGUUUUAUUUCAAACGAACAGAAAUUGCUCUUAGCAACUGAAUGACAAAAUGAGGUUUAGGAAGAUUUAUAAGGUUUCUAUGGCUUCAGGAUUUUAUUGGCAGGAUUAAUAGCUUGUAGCCUUUCCUUGCCUCUCCUCCCACCAUGUAAUCAGAAGACUACAAUCUAUCUGUUUCCGGAAGCUUUUAAGAGGUAUUAAAAAAAAUGUGGUUCUAGUUUGCAGCCAAAGUUUAUUUAAGGAAAAGUGAAGGCGAGGCAAGAUACCUUCUGGGUAUUUGAUGAGGAGAAACAAAGUGAGUCUAUCAAGUUUCUCCCUCAGUCUUCUUAGUCCCAUUGUAAGGUCAGGAGGCAAACUAGGAAUAGAUCAAGAGAUGUUUCUGAGCAUUUAAAAAUAUCUUGUUUGUUUGGUUUUUUUUUUUUUCAUCUUACUUGCUUGUGUUUGUCAGCCUUAAAGUCCUAAAGAUACUGUCAUCAGAUGAAAUAUGAAAGCUGCAGCUGUUUCAAACUGUGAGGUGUGCAAGUUCCUGAAGUAAUGUUUCUUAGUUGUUGUGAAUCUAUACUGAGGAAUACAUUUCUGUUGCAAAUUUCUCUCAAAACAGAUAUAAUUAAUUUCAGUAUCAUGUGUGUUUCAUUAGAAGUAGGCAGUACCUCAUAGUAUUCUGGUUAAGACUAUUCUUCUUGCAUUUUGCAAUAAGUGACCACCAUAGCUGUUUUUCUUUUCAGAUUUGUUUUUCGGAUUUUAAGGUUGGGCUUUUUUCCCUGUGUAACUGUUGUUACAUGCCUGUAUGUAGAAAAAAACAUUGCUGUUGACUACUGUGGAUUGCAGUUGCAGACAUCAGUGCGUUUCUGAACAUAAGUCCUGUAAGUAAUAUGUUCAAUAAAUUUAGUGGACCUUUAUGGUUUUUAUUUGAUAGGAGGUGUAAUAUCAUUUGAAUGGUGUAAUUGUAGCUUUUUCUGUUGUCUCUACAGAGACACAGUAUUAAAAAUAUUAUAUAUCCAUUUUAAGUGAAGGCAUGACAUGAUUGUGGAACAGGAUGGCUGCUUUCAAAGAGCUUGCUGUGACUGCAUGCUGCAUAAUUGCUGUGUGCUGCAUUUCACAUAGAUGCAGUAAUACAAGGAAGGGCAACUGAGCCUGACUUAACAGAGGAAGCUGCUUUGUUUUAUACAUUCUGGAAUAAUUUUGUUGUUAAAUUAGUAACCUGAUUCGUUAGCUACUGGCUAGUGAGUGUUGCAGUCAUAGAAGUAAUCCAAAAAAAGACACUUCUGAGCCACUUGCAGCAAGUUUAUGUAGCCUGUGGCCUUACUGUGCUGACUGUGCUUUCUAUUUCUGCCAAAUACUAUGUGAGAACAAAAGGGAGCUAGAACAAGGAGGUCAGAAAGCCAUUCAGGAGAUGUUGUGACCCUUGGAUCUCAGGCGUAUAAUGAGCAAGUAUGAAAUAUACUUAUUUGGGAAAUAUUUCCCCAUCCCCCUCCUCUUUUUUUUUCUCCCAAGAGGGCACAGUAAGAAUGCAAUCAUCUGGAGACAUACAGAUGCCUGCUACUUUUAACCUGUAGCACAGCACGCAUCUAUGUGCAUUACUUCUCUCUUUCAUCUUUGGCUUGUAUUACAGAACUUGGAGUCAUAAGUACAGUAUCUCAGAAUCCUUGGAUUGGAAGAGACCUUAAAGACCAUCCAUUUCUAACUCCCUGCCAUGGGUAGGGUGGGCACCCAUAAGAUCAAACUGCCCACGGUUCCAUCGAGCCUGGACUUGAGCAAUGUCCAAAUUAAUGCAGUGUAAUGAGUCUUAAUGUUUCCAUCUUGCAGAAGACUUUCUGUUUGUAGUCUUUGAAAUCAAAUGCUUUUACUGUGACAUAAAGCAACAAUGCAGUGCUUUUCUUUGAGCAGAUGUUGAAAUUACCAGGGCUUGCGUUCCUGAGAAGGAAACUUCUGUUUACUUCAAAUGUUACUGAGCUUGAUACAAAGAAGAUGUUGAAGGAAAGCUGUGGCCUUGAAAGUAUCCGCCUAAUGUUAGAGACGUAAUGUGUAAUUGUCACUCUGAUGUGGCAGCCUUUGUACAGUCCCUUUGAUCCUGUCUGCAUUUUGAACUGGUCACAAGUGUUGUAUUUACAAUCAUAGCCACGUGAACAGUCAGAAAGAUGAUGUGGUUCUACAACUACACAGUCAGAUUAGAGAACAAUGAAUUUGCUUCUUGCAAGUAAACUUACUUCUUUGAAAAAUACAGUUGAAUGCAUAGAGGAAGUAGGGAAUCACACUAGAAACUGUUGUAGUAUGCCUCUCCAUGAGUGUCUGAUUCUGUCUUAUUGUACAUAUUUUAAUACUAAUCAGAUUACCUGU